ACAUGUCAUUUUUAGGAUAGAUUUGUGUUUGAAUUUCGGUAUUUUGCCCCAAAUGCUUCCACGAUGAAGAAUCCGAACCGGAAAAUCGAGAACGCUUGCGUUAUCGUUCUUGGAGAUAUUGGCAGAAGUCCUCGAAUGCAGUACCACGUAAAAAGCCUCUCGGAAACGCGAUUUUUUGUUGACGUCAUUGGUUACGUGGAAUCCAAACCGCUAGAUGAAUUGACUUGCAAUCCGAAUGUGAGAAUUCAUCCCUUGUAUCUGUUUCCAGAGUUUAAUUUGCCGAGAUUGUUGAAAUAUAUAUUCAAAACAAUAUGGCAAGCACUAUCCUUGAUAAUCGCGCUUAUGAGCAUCAAAAAGCCCCAGUUUAUAUUGUGUCAGAACCCACCGGCUAUACCGACCUUAAUAGUGUGCUACAUGUAUUGUUUCUUGUUUCGUUCAACAAUGAUCGUUGACUGGCAUAAUUAUACACAUACGAUUCUGGCCAUUAAUACCGCUCCAGGACAUCCCAUUGUUAAAAUCACCAAAUCAAUCGAAUCUUAUUUUGGGCGUAAAGCAGCGGAUAAUUUUUGCGUAACGAAGGCAAUGCAGAGGGAUCUUCUGAACAAUUGGAAUAUCCGUGCAAAUGUUUUAUAUGAUCGACCACCCACGCAAUUCCAUCCAAUAACUAUUGCACAAAAACAUGAAUUGUUCUUGAAACUUUCUUCGACAAUUAAAGAAUUCAGCGGCGAUGAUUCAAAUGGUCAUCUAGAAGAUGAUACACAGGAAAUCACAGCGUUCACUGCUAAAACAACAAGCGGUGAAAUAAAAUACAUCCCAGAUCGACCAGCGUUGGUGUUAUCUAGUACAAGCUGGACCGAGGAUGAGGAUUUCGAAAUUCUAAUACACGCACUAGAUCUUUACGAACAGGAAGCGGUCAACGACGCAAAACACUAUCCAAAGCUGAUCUGCGUGAUAACGGGAAAGGGUCCGUUGAAGGAACAUUAUGGACGUAUCAUUGAACUGAAAUCAUGGACCAAAGUGAAGGUUAUUACACCCUGGUUGGAGAACACAGAUUAUCCCAAAAUACUGGCUGCUGGCGAUCUCGGAGUGUGCCUUCAUUACAGUUCAAGUGGUUUGGAUCUUCCUAUGAAGGUAGUCGAUAUGUUUGGAUGUGGUUUGCCUGUGUGCGCUAUGGAUUUCAAUUGCAUCAACGAACUUGUUCAGCAUGGCCAAAAUGGAUAUGUUUUUAAAACACACAAGGAAUUGAGUGAGCUGCUAUGCAGUUGGAUGUAUCGAUUUCCGUCUAAUCCAGCGUUGAUCAAUCAAAAAGGAAUAAUCGAACGAAAUCUCAAAGAAUUUCAACAAUUGCGUUGGUCGGAGAACUGGAAGAAAGAAGUUGAACCUGUUUUGGAACGAUUAUGAAAUUUAAUAUAAAAAGUUCAUAUUAGAUAAAAAAAAAUGUUGCCUAAACUUUUGAUUAUUUUGAAUUGUUAUUUAUAGAAAAAAUUGUAAUCAAUCUUUAAUGCUUGCGGAAUAAGAUAAAUAUUAUCAUGAACAGUAUGAAUUCGGAUAGACCAUAAUAUUUUUAUUAAAGUGCAAUGAAAUACA